GAAAGUUUGUCAUUUCAACACUAUUUUUAUUUCUCUUCAUAUUUUCAUAAUUUUCUAAAGUUUUAUCAUUUAUAUGCGAUAAUGAACAAGCUUAAUACAAGUUAUGGAUACCGGAACAACAAAAGAUGUAGGACCUGGUAAACGGAAAGCUGAUGAUGUUGAAGUUGAAAAGUCAGUACCAACCACAGAGACAAAAGCUAACAAACGUGUUGUACAGGAUGGUUACUCGUGGUGGACAUGUAUGAUGUAUGAUAUGCCCAUGGAGAAAACAAAACCACACAGUGUACCUAAGACUAAUCAACAGAACGGAAAUAAAGACUAGAUAUACAAAGUUAUAUGGAGUUUGAAAGUAAAAUAAGUGUCAAAGAAGAGGAAUUAGGUUCCCAAAAUGUCCUGUGGGUACCAUCUUCAGUUAUUACUAGUAUUGCAGCACAAUCAUCAAAUGUUGAUACAUCUGAUGAUUUAAAGUGUGAAACUACAAAUCAAAAUAUUGUGAAUAAUGUUGUGGAUUAUGACUUACCAGAUCCCCCUGAAGAGCCUCUACAGUCAGACUGCUGUGGAACUGGUUGUUCCCCUUGUGUUUUUGACAUUUAUGAUCAGGACAUGAAACUCUGGGAAAAACAGUGCCAAAGGAUUAAAUCAGGAGAAAAAACUGCUUGCUUCAAAAAUACUCAUCCAGUUAUUUCUACCUCAACGUAUACUCCAUUUACAAUAGAAAGUAUCCACCGAGAAAGUCAUGAUUCAUUCAUAUACAGAUUCCCACUUCCUCAGAAUACAUCUCUUGGACUUACUGUUGGACAGCACAUUAUACUCAGGGGCCAGGUGAAUGGCAGAUAUAUCACAAGACAGUACACACCUAUAAGUGACCUCAAGGCCUUAGGCUACUUUGAUAUUCUAAUCAAGGUUUAUCCUAAGGGUGAGAUGUCCCAAUAUGUUAAAACCUGGAGAGUGGGGGACAUAUUGGAAUGGAGGGGUCCAUAUGGGACAUUUACAUACAAGUCUAAUACAUAUCGCCAUCUAUUGUUAGUAGCUGCAGGCACAGGCAUUGCUCCAAUGGUACAAGUUAUACAAGACAUACUUGAGAAUGAAGAAGAUGAAACAUUUAUUCGACUGGUUUUCUCUGUAAAGACCUACCAAGAUAUUAUAUUGAAGGAUCUACUAAAGAAAUGGCAGUGUUACUGGAAUUUCACUGUUACUUAUGUUAUAAGCCAGGAUCCUACAUGUAUUGGGAAAUAUGGAGAAGAUAUCCACAUUGGCAGAAUUACUGAGGACUUUCUCGUGGCAGAGUUAGAUAAAUGUGUGGGAUCAAAACUCAUAUUGAUAUGUGGUACCAAGUCAUUUGAUAAAGAUAUUGAGAUUCAACUCCACCUUUUCAAAACAAAAAUCAGAAUGCGGAAUAUUGUGUUGAUCCUUAGUGUUGUGGUGCUAGUCAUUGGUGCUGAGUGUCAGACCACAGACUCUGUCAUUGAAGACAAUGACAUUACAACAAUGUCACAAGAUGAUGUAAGUAAUGAUACCAAAGACAAAGAUGACAUGGAUAAUGACAUCAAACCAGAUGAUGUACCUGAUAAGGCUGAAGCAACUAAUAUUCCGCCACAAAUAAAGCCAGGAUUCUGUGAUUCAGUUGCACAAACAGGUUGCAAUCUUACAAACAAUGAGAGGUGUAUAGGAGAAGGGGUGCACGCAGGACAAUGUGCUUGUAUAGCUGGCCAUGUGAGAGGCUCAGAUGCAAGGACGUGUGUAGCUGUGAAGACUUACUAUGGUCAGGUGCCUACCAGGCUGAAGUAUAUAGAAGGCUGGGGAAGCACAUUAAACCUUGUUACUGUCCAGUUGAGGAGCAUGGUACAUCAAGGGUUAUUGAAUGUAUUCGAGAGUUCCCCAACAUUCAGCAGUCUGAUUAUAUCCCUAGAGCUGAGUGGGUUCAGACGUAGCAGUAACCAUAGCGUCAUCAUAGAAUUCAAGGUUCACCUCAGCCGAACACUUGUCCCUAUAAGUAAUCCCAAUGAGAUUGACCACUAUUUUAAGAUGACUCUAGAAUCAAGUGCAUCAAGGCUUCCAAAUGGCCACUACACAUUGGGCAAUGUGGGCAUUGAGUUGGCUGAUAACAAAGAAAUGUUGGAAACUAUAGUCGGCCAAUCUAGUUUGCAAGCUUCCAGCCCAUGUGUUGAUCCCUCUCUUAACUACUGUAGCAGAGAUGCUGUGUGUUCCCCUACAAUGCGAUCAUUUAUUUGCUCUUGUAAAGAUGGCUUCUCUGACAACCCACUUACCAAUGGUCCCCCUGGAGAAAGGUGUACAUUGGAUUGUAACUGCCAAAAUAAUGGCAUGUGUCGACAAGGGAGCAGUGGAGAAAAAAUAUGCUUAUGUAGUGGAUGGUAUUUUGGAGCCAGAUGUGAGAUUAAUGGAAUCUACUUUAUCAUAGUUGGAGCAGUGCUUUUCUUCCUCAUGUUUAUCUUCUGCAUCAUUUCACUCAUCUGUUGUGUAAAGAACAAGAGAAACAAGCGUAGAAUAAAAACUGAAAACUUUGAGACAGCUUCAUACACAGAUUCUACAAUGGUGAUUAAAACCAGGAGACCUCGGAACAGUUGGAAAUAUUACGAUUAUUCCGAGUCUCAAUCCAAGCCACAGGGUCCACCAGUAGCUGGAGUUCAAGGUAGUGUUUAUGAGAACCCUCGUAGGUUUGAUGCUCCAUCGUACCAAGAACGCCACCAGUAUGAUGACCUCCAAGAUGCACCUCCAUACAGAAAUUAUGCUGUCCCUUAUGCAAGUGUUGAGCCAAGAACAUAUUAUCAUUAUGAUGCGGCCCCACCAGUGCCAGAUUAUCGCCCCUCUGAUGCAUAUAUGAUUCCAAGAGCAAGGCUCUCUUACCCAGGUCCCUAUACUGAGAGGAGCACUAACUAUGGCACAUCUGGAUCUUGGGUUUGGCAAACACCAGGAUCAAACGCUUAUGCAGGCCCUUUCUAGCCCCAACAACCGUACAACUCUAUGGAUGCUCAUUGGACACACGAUACGCCCAUAUCAAUUACUAAAUUCUCAGUUGUUUCAAAGUAUUCAUAAAAUGUCUAGUCAUUUUGAAAAAAAGAUUCACACCUGAAGCAUUGAUGAACAUUUUGGAUAUAUUACAUUCUCUAUUUUUCACACUUGCUGCUUUAUAGUAAUUUGCAAAUUUGCAUAACAACUCCCACUGUGUCUUUUUCAUAAAGGGGAAUCUGGAAUGAUCCUUAUAGAAUACAAACAAAGUGUCUGCUCGCAGAGCAGAGAUCUACGGCUGUCAGCAUCAAGUGACAUCUUUCAUCGAGGAAAAAGGAGGGAUUUUUAACUGCCAUUUAUUGUGUGAUUUAUUGCUAUUUAAUUGACACUCAUUUAGCUACCUACAUAUAAUGAUCCCUCUUUGGUUAUUUUUGUCAAGGAUAAUGUCAAAAUUAGCUUUUUGCUUUGAAUUAAUUCAGUGAUUGAGUAGUAAAGGUUUCUUUACAAGAUGUUUCCACUUUAAUAUUGUUGAUAUUUAAAAUGCAUAGGACUAUUUUUAUGUUCACUGGAACAUUUGCCAAAGAUAUUACCUUUUUGACGUUUUAUGUACACAGGGCUUAGUAAGCUUUAACAUUGUGUCUUUGAUAUUUGAAACUACAGUUUGGCAUUCUGUUGUGCAAAUACGGUGGAAGUUUUUGAUUUAACUUCAAUUGAAAGUGUAUAUUGACAUAUUUUGUAAUAGAAAAGAACUCGAGAUAGGUCUUUAGCUAAUUAUCAAUCAAGUUUUUUGCAAGAUGAAAACCCCUUCAGUAAAAAUUGUCUGGUAAUACAUUUUUGAUGAUCCAUAAGUGCUAAAAUCAGAUAGAUGUAAUUUUGUUCCAACAAUGAAGUAUUUUAAAGAGGCUUAUAUUUGCAGAUUUAAUUUCCCCUCAAGAAACAUCUUGACAUAUUGAAAUGUAUGAAAACAAUUCGAGGACAGGUUUCUUUUACGUAUCCUUCAAAAGACGUUCUGUUAAUAGAAUAGCGUAAAACAUACAUCACUACAGAUCAAUUUCAAAUACAGUAAAAAAUUGAGGAUCUUUGACAUGUAAAUUGUAAUUUUAUUUCAAUAUUAACAUGUAAACUUGUGUGCAGAGCUCUUCAAUCAAAAGUGCCGCAUAUUGGUAUUUAAUGCUCUUGUAAUGGUAUGCCUAUAUUCCCCUCUAUAGGCUUCUACGCCUGUCACUCAGACAUAAAACAUUGAAAAGAAAAAACGUAUACAUUAUAUAGUAUUUCAGUUAGAUUUAAACGUUGGUUACUCCCAUUGAAAAACAAAUUAUAUUUACAGAUAUUUAUCUUACAGAAUUUGUACACCCACAGAAUAAAUUAACGUCUAAAAGAUGGGAAUAUCCACAUUGACAUUUUUUAUAUUCAAUUAAAAUAAUAUUGACCACAGGAUAUAAUUUACAAUAUUUAAAAUUGAAAAGAUGAGUAGUUUAAUAUGAGAGUAUUUUAAGAACACAAUGUAUUAUUAAUGUAAUUAAUCUAAUGAGCAUGAAAAUAACAACUGUUUUCCACAUGUUAUAGUUCCUUAAAAUAUCAAUACCACCUAGUUAGCUGAGCAAAUUACUUAGAACAGAUCCUGAUUGUUUAAUAAUAUCAUACUGAUUUACUAAGUGGACAAAAACCAAUGUUUUUUCCACUUGAGAACAUGUCUCGAAACAUGAUUUUUGACAGAGAGUUAAAAGUUUAUUUAUUGUACAUCGAUGUUCAUUUUUG